GAUAUUUAGAAAUUAAAAAAAAGAAAACAUGGGUUGUUUUUCAUGUUUUUCAUCACAAGAAAAGAAGGCAUUCAAAAGAAUACAUAGCAAAAGCAAAGAAACAUCUGAUGUUGUUCGUCAAAGAGAAACUCUCUUGCAUCAACAACAACGUCCACAUUCAUUAUCGAGGCCAAAGCCACAGCAGGACCAGAGUUCUCAUUCACAACCUCUAUCUGAAAAUACUAGAAAGGUGCCAGCAGAAACCACACACCAAAAGUCUUCUAACAAAGGCGAAAGCCAGAACAUUGCAGCUCAAACAUUCACCUUCAGGGAACUGGCAACAGCUACGAAGAACUUCCGAUCAGAAUGUCUGAUAGGAGAAGGUGGAUUUGGACGUGUUUACAAGGGACACCUUAACAAAACUGGCCCGACUGUAGCAGUGAAACAGCUUGACCGCAAUGGAUUGCAAGGAAACCGAGAAUUUCUUGUGGAGGUGUUGAUGUUGAGCCUUCUGCACCAUUCAAAUCUUGUAAAUCUAAUUGGCUAUUGUGCUGACGGAGACCAAAGACUUCUUGUUUAUGAGUACAUGUCAUUGGGAUCAUUGGAGGAUCAUCUGCUUGAUCUUGAACGAGAUAAACUUCCACUAGAUUGGUUCACAAGGAUGAAAAUAGCAUUACAUGCUGCAAAAGGACUCGAAUAUUUACAUCAUAGAGCCAAUCCACCAGUCAUUUACCGUGACUUGAAGUCCUCCAACAUCUUGCUGGAUAAGGAACAUAAUGCAAAACUGUCAGACUUCGGGUUAGCCAAGGUUGGACCUACAGGGGAAAACACCCAUGUAUCAUCAAGAGUCAUGGGAACUUACGGUUAUUGUGCUCCUGAGUACCAACAAACUGGCAAGCUGACUAUCAAGUCUGAUGUCUAUAGCUUUGGUGUAGUUUUAUUGGAGCUAAUUACGGGUAGGAGAGCAGUUGAUAUCACAAGAUUUGGGCAUCAGCAGAACUUAGUUACCUGGGCUGAACCCAUAUUCAAAGACACAAAGAGACACAUUGAACUGGCUGAUCCACUUCUCGGAGCAAAUUUCCCAAGGAAAAAUUUCAGUCAAGCUGUUGCUAUUGCUUCUAUGUGUCUGCAAGAUGAUCCAGUAGUACGUCCUCUGAUUAGUGAUGUGGUCACUGCACUCAGUACCCUUUCAGUACCUGAAACAGAAUUGGUUUCACCAUUCGCUUCUCCAACUCAAGCACCACCCCCAAUGCAUAUGUCAACUGAAGACAACACAAUAUCUACAAGAGAGUGCCAAGAAGAACUCGCAGAAGCCAUAGAAUGGGGUUCAAAUUCAAGAAAACAGAAUGCAAGAUCACUAGCAUCUUGCAGUUCUUCAGUGUGACAUCCACAUUUCGGUUAGUCACUCCAUAACAGAAUUAGGUAAACAAAGAUGAUCAUGUUGCUUCAGCCCUCCAGAGAUAUUGUUAAGUGAUGGAGGAGUGAUCAUCUAGUACUACCACUGU